CCUCAGGUCCAGUAGCUGAGCCUGCCCGGCUGCGUCACCGUCGCCCCGGCCCGGCUCGCUCCGCAGCUCCACCAUGCCCAACGUCGUGCUCUUCAGCGGCUCCUCGCACCAGGAGCUGUCCCAGCGCGUGGCCGACCGGCUGGGCCUGGAGCUGGGCAAGGUGGUCACCAAGAAGUUCAGCAACCAGGAGACCAGUGUGGAGAUCGGGGAGAGCGUGAGAGGAGAGGAUGUCUACAUCAUCCAGAGUGGCUGCGGAGAAAUCAACGACAACAUUAUGGAGCUGCUCAUCAUGAUCAACGCCUGCAAAAUCGCCUCCGCAUCCAGCGUGACAGCCGUGAUCCCGUGCUUCCCGUACGCCCGUCAGGAUAAAAAGGACAAGAGCCGUGCUCCAAUUUCUGCAAAACUUGUGGCCAACAUGCUCUCGGUUGCUGGGGCGGAUCACAUCAUCACCAUGGACCUGCAUGCCUCCCAGAUACAGGGCUUCUUCAACAUCCCCGUGGAUAACCUGUACGCCGAGCCUGUGGUCCUGCAGUGGAUCAAGGAGAACAUCGCCGACUGGAAGGAAUGCAUCAUCGUCUCCCCGGAUGCGGGCGGCGCCAAAAGGGUGACAUCGAUUGCUGACCGUCUGAAUGUGGAGUUCGCUUUGAUCCACAAAGAGAGGAAGAAGGCAAAUGAGGUGGAUCGCAUGGUUCUGGUGGGUGACGUGAAGGAUCGAGUGGCCAUCCUGGUGGAUGACAUGGCCGACACCUGUGGCACAAUAUGCCAUGCAGCUGACAAACUGCUCUCUGCUGGAGCUACCAAAGUCUACGCGAUCCUGACCCACGGCAUCUUCUCAGGGCCAGCCAUUUCCAGAAUCAACAAUGCUGCCUUUGAGGCUGUGGUCGUCACAAACACAAUCCCACAGGAAGACAAGAUGAAACACUGCCCCAAGAUUCAGGUGAUCGACGUUUCCAUGAUCUUGGCGGAGGCGAUCCGAAGAACACAUAAUGGUGAAUCGGUGUCUUACCUAUUCAGCCAUGUUCCCCUGUAACUCCGCAAUGUGAUGUGGCCAAGAAGUCUGCUGAUUUUUUGCUAUUUUUUUUUAAGCUUUAAGAUUAACCAUGAUAAGAUAAUGAAUAGUGGAAACAUCAGGUGUAUAUUCUCUGAGAUUUCAUUGUCCUUCCCCCUCUGGGGAGGGCCGAAGUUAUUUGACUUAGAAGUGAGAGACAUGUUUGUGUCAUUGUGACUUACUUUACCUUUGCUCUUUCAGUCCUUCAAGGCCACGACAUAAUUGAAUUGUGGGAGCUCAUGAUUUAUGUAUUUCCGGGGUUGCCAAUGGUGACUUCCGAAGAAAAGCUCUUGUGUAGAUAUAGAAUUUAUAAUGAAUGCCUAUGGAUAUUUGGGUAAAACCCUCUGUAGAAAACCUGUUAGUUCGGAGUGAACAUUAAACAUUUUUGUAAUACUA